AUGCGUCCUCGGUCCAGCGCAGCUGUCGUGGCUUUCGUCGCCGCUUACGCUGCAGCUGCGAGUGCCGAGUCACUGGCCGAUCUUUGCACAUUGUCCAAUCUCAAGUCUGUUCUUUGCUCCAACGGUACUCUCCUUGGUAUCAACCUGAUCUCAUCUGCUUCUACUGCCGCCGUGGUCUACAAUGGUACCGUUGGUGGUGGAAUGACCAGCAGUUCCAGUGAGACCUACGACUACUGCAAUGUCACGCUCACUUAUAUUCAUCACGGCAAGACUGACAAUAUUAUUGUCAAAUACGCCUUCCCCGAGCCUUCAGAUUUCAAGAACCGCUUCUAUGUUGGCGGUGGUGGAGGAUAUUCCCUGAACACCGACGCAACCGGCGGUCUUACUUAUGGUGCCGCUGCUGGAGCCACGUCUGCUGGCUACGAUGCCCUUAAUGGUGUUGGCUUCGAUGAUGGUGUGCUCCUUGGAAAUGGCUCUAUCAAGUGGGAUGCGACCUAUAUGUUCGCCUAUCAGGCCUUAGGCGAGAUGACCCAAAUUGGCAAGUAUGUCACUAAAGGUUUCUAUGGUCUUUCAAGCAGCGCUAAGGUCUAUACCUAUUACGAGGGAUGCUCUGAUGGCGGACGCGAGGGCAUGAGUCAGGUUCAGAGAUAUGGCGAUGAAUACGACGGUGCGAUCACAGGUGCUCCUGCUUUUCGGAUGGCUCAGCAACAAGUGAAUCAUGUGUUCUCUGCUGAGGUCUAG